AUGAUAGUCGAAAUACAGGAGGAGGUCAGAGGAAAGAGGCCUUUCAAGAUAUGGGACAGUUCAAGGAACGUGAGGAAGGGACUGGUGGUCACUAGCUUCGAGGAGUUAAUUCACAGAGGUAAGGAAAAGUUAUCGGUAGCGGCGAGCGAGCCGGUGCGGCUUGUGCUAGAGAGUGACGGCACUCAGGUCGAGGACGGCGAGUACUGGCGCACACUCCCACCCAACACAGUGCUGCUACUGCUGCGGCCUGGAGAGCGAUGGUACCCCACGGGAGUCGAUGUUAUCAAGGCUGCAAUUUCGGCGAUACCAAAGAUAGUAUGCGAAACUAUUCACGCACUCGAGUUGCACGAUGAGACGCCUUCAUGGAAGAUCAUGGACAACAAGGGGCGCGUCACGGUGGUGCUGCAUUGGGACCAGCGGCCGCAGGCGUCACCGGCCGCGCGCUCACCCUCGCGCCAGCCGAAGCCCGACCGACGACCUUCCCUCGUCAUCCAGACAUCACUAGACAGGCCGCAACCUGCACCGCCACACAUAACCGUCGUGAAUCACGACGAGCCGGGCCCGGCGCCGCGCCGUCUGUCACGAGCUCCCGGCUCGCUCGAGCAGCCGGGAGGCGUGCACGUGCACACAGCCGACUGCCGCGCCACCGCCUCGCCUGCACCGCUCGCGCGCCCACCGCCCGACGAGUGCGACUUUCACUGCUGCGCGUUGCACGAGGAGGGUCGUCGGAUCGCCGUGCACAAGAGCGUCGCCACCUCGCCCAUCCAGGACGCGCAGCCGCGUGCUUCGCCACAAGGUCGGCCGAAAGGUCACGUGCGUUUUCUCGACGCGGAGUCGGCACGACGCGGCGACCGGGACUCUUCCGAGAGCGAAACAGAAAACACCCUCGUCGAGGACGAGGCUGUCACCUCCGAGAAAUUUCUUCUGCUAAUCGACCAGCUGAGCGUCGAUCAGAAACGGCACCUCACCAUCAAAGAUAUCGGCAUCAUCCUCGAGCGGCUAAGCUCCAAAAUCCUAGACGUGGAGCGCCUAGACCGAGAGUCGGAGUCGGACGACUGCUACAACUGGACGAUCAAAGCAACGAUCAGAGGCGAUGCAUUACGGGAACUAGGCGUCAUCUACAAUGGAAACUACUAUGCAAUCAGCGAGCACCCAGGGUACCGGGAGGAGAACGAGGAGGCCGGAGACGAGGGUGAAGAGGAAGAGGAGGAAGAUAGACUCUGA